AUGUUUUCAUUGCUCGUCAUUGUUUGUGCGAUUGUUUGUACCUUAGCACAAGUACCAAGACCAUGCGUAAGUCCACCACAGUGGGAGGGACGUCUCUUCGAUUACUCAAGUGAUACUUCAGAGCGAUUUGCCAGAAGUGGCCGAUUUAGUUACGAUUCCACUUAUCAACGAGAACGUUUAAUUGAAGAAAUUGAUGUUGGCAAUGAAACGGCUCAAUAUUAUGAUGUCAUUGCAUUGUUUCAGGCUAGAUUAGAAUUUGUAAUUAACUUGAGAUCACGCAAUUGUUCACGUCGUACCAUUACACGACCUUGGAGAGAUUUUGGUAUUCCUGAGAAUGCGCGUUCAUAUGGUGAAGCUUAUGUUGGAACAAGUGCUCGUCCUGGUGCAGGUUUAUUGGUAACAAUAUGGGGAGGAAAUUUCACAACACCUCAGAAUGAGACAAUCUAUUAUACGGGAACUUGGACCUAUGAAGGUUGUCUUCCUGUACACCGAACCGUUUAUACUCCAACAAGUGGUAUUUUUCAUGAUGCUAUAUAUGAUAUUACUACCGGUAUUCGCGAUCCAAACGUUUUCGUACCGCCAAGAGAAUGUUUGACAGACGAGGAAUAUAAAAUGCGCCACAAAUUAUUUGGUGAAUCAGCGAUGAAAAAGAAACAAUGA